CGGUGGUUUUGUUCGUUGCUUGGCUUGCUCGCGCUCCCUUUUCCAUUAGAGCGUACUACGCAUAAUACCAUUUCGCCUUGCGCUCCAAGUGUUCGUCGAAAUGCCUGAGCCAUGCUCUCCUCCACCACCGCUGCGACCCAUUUGCUCGUCUCGCCCUACUCCUUCCCGAAUUUCAUCCCUCAUGCAUUUCCUUCGAUUCUCUACGUCGUUAAUUCAACAACCGCAAGGAGGCAGCAGCGUCUGAAGGCGAUUAGCUUCGUUUCGGUUAGAGAAAGCGGGUGUUCUUUGUGUUUAGGGUUUUCAGAGUUUAAGAAAGGAGCGUGUUCUGGGUUUGUGAGGCGAUGUAAAGAUUGGGAUACAGAGGGGGAUUUCACCUUGGAAACUGAGAUUUUGGAGUUCAUGAAGAGCUCCAAGAAGCCUGGGGCUUUUCCGAGCAAGAAGGAGCUUCUUGAAUCUGGGAGAGAGGAUUUGGUCGAUGCUAUUGCGAGGAAAGGUGGUUGGCUUUCGUUGGGUUGGGAUUUGGAAGAAGAAGAAGGAGGAGCUCAAGAUAGUAAUUUUAGGCAUUGGGAUUCGAUAGUGGCUAAAGAAGGCGAGAGCAGUGCUUCGAGUGGCAGUCUAAUUGGGGCUUCAGGCGUGGUUUCUUCGUUUUCUGAUGAUUCUUCUCAAGCAGCGUCGUCGUCGGGUAGAUCACUAGAAGCUGCUGCAACAGAGGAUGAUACUGGAAUCGAGGGGAUAUUGAAUCGAUUGGAGAAACAGAGAAAUUUGACGUUUGGAUUUAAUUUGAAAGAAAAAGAAGACGAUGUUUUCUUCCCAAGUACUUACAAGUUUCCCGAAAUCUCAACUGAUGCGACAGUUGCUGGCCUUGUUAGAAGCAACAGACCUGCAUCAUUGAACCCCAAAAAAGCCAUUCUUAAUGAUUCAAGAGACAAGCCUAACCACAACAGAUCUCUUUCAGACAUUGAUGUCCUAGCAGACUCACCAAGACCAGAAAUGUGGAGAACUUGGAGCAUCCAGAGGGCUGGAUUUUCAGAUCAGGAUUUUGAAGCUGCUGAAAUUUCUUAUGAUAAAAUGGGAGGACCAGAGGAUGUUUCAAGAGAAAAAAUAUUUCAAUUGAGAGAGGGUGCUAAUGAACCUGAUCAAAGGAAUAAACUGAAUUCUCAUCAGGAAGAGAUCAGUCACAAGCAAAUACGUGAUCACAUUAAGUACCUUGAAUCAGAGCUCUCCUCUGCACUUCGUUCAUUGAGGACUAGAUCUGAUGAAGCUGCUUCACAGGUUCAUGAAAGCUCCUCUGAUGAUUUUCGGAAGCUUUCUGAUGCCUGGGAGUUUCAGGAAAAUGAGAUUAUGCAUGCCCAGGACAAAUUGCGUUCGACACGUGCAAAGUUGGCUGUUUUAGAAGGAAAGAUGGCACUGGCAAUAAUUGAAGCGCAAAAGACUGUGGAGGAGAAACAGAGAAGGAUAAAUGAUGCGCGUAGAGCCUUACAACUUCUUCGUACUGCUUACAUAGUUUGGCCAAAUUCAGCCUCAGAAGUGCUCAUGGCUGGAUCAUAUGAUGGUUGGACCACCCAGAGAAAGAUGGAAAAGUCCAGUACAGGAAUCUUCUCUUUGUGCCUUAGGUUGUAUCCGGGCAGAUAUGAGAUCAAAUUUAUUGUUGAUGGUGAAUGGCGGAUUGAUCCCCUGCGCCCUAUUGUUCACAACAGUGGAUACGAAAACAAUGUCCUGAUCAUAACGUAAGACACAGAAGAGCCCGGCAAGCAUAAGAAGAUAUUCUAAUGAUGAAUUUAGCGCAAGCAACAGUUGUUUCAGCGAGCGUCCCCCCUCUUUUUUUUUCUCUUGUAUCAUAGGUGGUGUAGGUGGUAGAUUUUAACUGAUGUGAUUCUUUUGUCAGGAUUCAUGUGUAAUACCAUUGGGUGCCUGCUUCUAAUUCAUGUAAAACCCAAAUUAUACAUUUGUGGUAAUUGAUUCAAUGAGAUUUUUUUUUUUUUCUUCA